AGAAGUGAGAAGAUGCUCAAUUUCACAGAUGUGACUGAAUUUGUCCUUUUGGGCUUAACCAGUCGAAAGGAACUGCAAGUUCUUUUAUUUAUUGUUUUUCUCUUGGUGUAUAUUGUAACUAUGGUGGGUAACAUUGGCAUGAUGAUAUUAAUUAAAGUCAGUCCACAACUUAGCAGCCCAAUGUAUUUUUUCCUCAGCCAUUUGUCAUUUAUUGAUGUGUGGUUUUCUUCAAAUGUCACACCGAAGAUGCUGGAGAACUUGCUGUCAAAGACAAAAACUAUUUCUUAUGCUGGAUGCUUGGUACAGUGCUUCUUCUUCAUUGCCCUUGUGCAUGUGGAAAUCUUCAUUCUUUCUGUGAUGGCCUUUGAUAGGUACAUGGCCAUUGGGAAGCCUCUGCUUUAUGGUAGCAAAAUGUCAAGGGUGGUCUGCAUUCGCCUCAUUUCUUUCCCCUACGUAUAUGGGUUUCUGACUAGUCUAGCUGCAACAUUAUGGACUUAUGGCUUGUACUUCUGUGGGAAAACUGAGAUCAACCACUUCUACUGUGCAGACCCACCUCUCAUCAAGAUGGCCUGUGCAGGGACUUUUGUGAAAGAGUAUACAAUGUUAUUCCUUGCAGGCAUUAACUUCACAUAUUCUUUGAUUGUUGUCAUCAUCUCCUAUCUGUUCAUUCUCAUUGCCAUUCUCAGAAUGCGCUCAGCAGAAGGCAGGCGCAAGGCAUUUUCCACCUGUGGGUCUCAUCUCACAGCAGUUGGCAUAUUUUAUGGUACCCUCAUCUUCAUGUAUCUCAGACGACCCACUGAAGAGUCAGUGGAACAAGGAAAGAUGGUGGCCGUGUUCUAUACCACAGUGAUCCCCAUGUUGAAUCCCAUGAUCUACAGUCUGAGGAACAAGGAUGUCAAGGAAGCCAUGGACAAAGUGAUUAGCAGGAAGUUCUUAAGAAAAUAA